GGGCACCGAGUCAUCAGGCAUUGGAUCGUCUGGCUCGACAGCGGGCAUCGGGUCACCAGGCAUCAGGUCAUCUGGCUCGACAGCUGGCAUCGGGUCAUCAGGCACGACAGCGGGCAUCGGCUGGGUAGAGACAUCAGGCUGAAUUGCGGGUGCCGAGGCACCAGGCUGAACCACGGAAGGCGGGUUUUCAGACGGCAGGCUGACCGGUUUGGAUACUGGCAGGAUGAAGAGCUGGAGGAUGGAACAGAGGAGGGAGCAGUUGCUACAGAGGACUUCUUUACAGGGUUAAAGAAAGGAUAGGUGCAGCGAGUGGGA